ACUCCUUUGUGGAGGAAGGACGAUGAAGGCAAGACUGUUUGCAACGCAUGCGGCCUCUACUAUAAGCUUCACGGCUCUGCUCGUCCCAUUAGUAUGAAAUCCGAUAUUAUUUGGAAGCGCUCUCGACACGACGCUCGUGCGCAGCACUCCUCCCUCACCAAGCCCCCAAGCGCAUCUAACAUGCCUGGCACUCCUUCCGUUAUGGAGGAGACAGUUUCAGAACGGGUUCUGGUGCGACAAGCGCAGGUACUUCUUCGUCUUCGCGGCGCAGCAGCAUGGACUCGUCUGUCCACACAGUCGAUGCGGGCACUGUUGUGCCACACCUGCCACUAUACUACCCACCAACCCACCAUGAGACCCGCACCCGCCAUGGGGGUGUGGGUAUACCUGCGGGUGUGGGUGCGGGUGCGGGUGAUGCUUGCGACACCCACGGGUACACCUGUGUCAUUCCCUAGUCAUUGGUGGUCGUUGGCUCUCUCGAUCUUGUUCUCUCGCUAG